GGGCUGCAGGGCUAGAGUGGCACAAAAAUAGAGCUGCUCUUCAGGGUGCCCAGAGCUUCUAAGCAGAUGAAUGUGCUCCACUUUGAAAAUGCGAAGAAAUUAUUUUUACAGAAAUAGGCAGAGUGUCCUCCUUGCUGCUCCGUGGCUGAAGGUCAGUUCCAGAGGAUGUAAGUGAGGAUGUGUGCAGAACCAGAGAAGGACAUGAGCCCUGGGAAGGAGCUGAACUUCAGGGAUGGUGUUCAACAAAACCUCCCAGGAGAACAUCUCACUACCAUUGCAGAAAAGGCUAUUUGCUGCCAAGUGCAGUGGCUGCAUGGAAAAGAUUGCCCCAACAGAAUUUGUGAUGAGAGCCCUGGAGUGUGUUUACCACUUAAGCUGCUUCUGCUGCUGUGUUUGUGAACGACAGCUGAGGAAAGGGGAUGAAUUUGUUCUGAAGGAAGGGCAGUUGCUCUGCAAAAGUGACUAUGAAAAAGAGAAAGACCUGUUGAGCUCUGUCAGCCCAGAUGACUCAGACUCAGUUAAAAGUGAUGAUGAAGAUGGAGAUGUUAAACCCACCAAAGGACAAGUAACCCAAGGAAAAGGAAGUGACGAUGGGAAAGACCCAAGGAGACCUAAACGACCAAGGACAAUACUUACUACGCAACAGAGACGAGCAUUCAAGGCAUCCUUUGAAGUGUCUUCCAAGCCCUGUAGGAAGGUCAGAGAAACACUAGCAGCUGAAACAGGACUCAGCGUGCGAGUUGUCCAGGUCUGGUUUCAAAACCAAAGAGCAAAGAUGAAAAAGCUAGCACGAAGGCAUCAGCAGCAGCAGGAGCAACAAAACUCCCAGCGACUAGGGCAAGAAGUAAUGUCUAAUCGAAUGGAAGGGAUGAUGACAUCUUACACACCACUUGCACCGCCACAGCAGCAGAUUGUAGCAAUGGAUCAAAGCAGUUAUGGCACAGACCCAUUUCAGCAGGGUCUUACCCCUCCACAAAUGCCAGGAGACCACAUGAAUCCUUAUGGAAACGACUCCAUUUUUCAUGAUAUCGACAGUGAUACCUCUUUAACUAGCUUGAGCGACUGUUUUCUUGCCUCUUCUGAAGUUAACUCCAUGCAGGCUAGAGUAGGAAACCCCAUUGACAGGCUGUACUCUAUGCAGAGCUCAUAUUUCGCCUCAUGAAAAUAAAAGAAAACAAACAGCCGGCAUAUAUUUAGCCAGUGACUUUUUCCAGUGCAGACUCUACAGCCAUAUGUUGCCCAGCUCUUCCUUCACAGUGACUCCUGCUGCCUCUGGACUGCAAAGAGCAUUUUUAGGAAGACUGUAUCUGUGUGCAUAUAUGUAUGUAUGUAUAUAUAUAUAUCAAUACCUACCUACUUACAUACAUACAUAUAUAAAGAAAAAACAUCCACUGGUCCCAUACCCUUGAUUCCCAGCUUUCACCAGAUCAAGAGAGAAGCGUGGAAGGAACAGAAGACCCUGCUCUUCAGCAGCCUUUUUUUUGGUUUGGUUUGAGCUCAUCGUUGUAAAAGAAACGGAUUUUACAGAAAACUAGAACUUUUCCUCCUUUCUCUCUCCCUUUCUUUUGGAUGUUUAUUUUUUUUAAAAGCCACUGAUACUGACAUCAGUCAACCACAUGAAAAAUAAAUCAAAGAAACUGGAGAUUCCUCCCUUUUCUUACUGCAUGAUUCAUACUAUGUUGUGGAUAAAUUGCCAUUUGAACUGUGAGAAGUUAAUGUAAAUGUGACGUUCUACAUUUGUUUCCUUUCUACACUUUUUUUACAUAAUCUAGAUCUGCUGAUUAGUUUAUAGCCCUUAUACAUAUGAUACUGAGGAAACUGGUUAACAAUUAUAUUUAUGGAGAAAGCCAGUGAUUUUGUAAUAAGAAAGGUCUACGACCCUGGAGAGGAGAUGCAUGUUAGGGACAGAGGCAUUUAGGUUAGUAUUGAUCUUUAGUAAUUAAAACUAAAGGUGCUUACAAGACAGAGUUUUAUUUAUUUAUUUUUAUUUUUUUUGGAGUGUGAGAAUAAAACAUUUACUUUUGUUUGUAAGUAUUUCAGUGCCAAAUUCCAAGUCUAGACUGAUUGGUAAACGUGUUGUUCAUACUGUUCUGUUUAUUUAUGUUUUGCAUGAGGCAUAAAUUUGUUAUUCUCCAUGGUCCAUCUGGAAUAAUUAAGCACUCCUUUAGUUAAUUAUCUUGCUUCAGCAAGAAUCUUUGAUAUACAGUUCUAGCCUGAACCAUCAGAAGUCCUGAAAUGUGCACCAGCUAGGAAGAAAAAAAAAAAAAAAAAAAAAAAAAAAAAAGUAGGAAAGAAAGAUCACAAUGGGAGGUUUAGAUAUACUGAGCUGGAAUCUAACAGAAAUACUGCAAGUUUCACGCUGAUUUACUGUAUUUACAGUAAAUACUCCAACUAACCUUUUAGUAGUGCAAAUGGAAGAACAAGAAAUGCAUAAAUUGAAGGAAAUGUCCCAGAUGAAGUUUGAUCAUCUCAGCUGCUGAAGUGUGAGCAAAUGUCACAUAGGUUUGCAUAGGGCAUAAAAUAUCAUAAAUAAUAAGAGCAUAGUUAUAAAUAUUGCCUGGUGAUAAUUAUAAUGUGGAGAGGCAGACAAGUACAGUCAUGGUUCUUAGUGGAGAAAACUUCAUGGGGAAAAUUUGCCAGGGUAAUAUCAGUAAUUAUAGGGUGUGUUCAAAAUAGAGCUCAUGGGGAAAGAUUGGCAGGAUAGGCCCUUUCUGAAAUAAAUACCUUUACUAUAUUGACCGUAAUAUCCAAAACCAGGCCAAAGUGUUGGUUAAUCUGAUUCCUUUGGGUGAGGACUGGCAGUAGCUCAGAGCAGCAGCCUCCUGGGGAGGCGCAGAGCAUUCCAUUUGCAGGAGUGCAGAUACUCCCUGGGACCCGCACCCUGGCCAAGGGGCAUGAUUCCUGCAUGGGGAGGGAAGGAGUGCCCACUGCACCCAGCCCAAGAGCUCCUCUGCCCACAGAGUCUGGUUCUGCUGGACAGCCACUCGCCCCUUCACCUAUGCAGCAGGGCUCUCCCUGUGCCCCAGAGGGAGGGAUGGCAUGGAUAGGUGGUACGUCCAAUGGAACAGUUAAGAUCAUGUUAUUCUCCAAUAUGAAGAUGCGGACCGAGAGCCUCAGAGGUUUAGUAAGAAAGCAAAUUUCUAUAUUUGAGAUAAUGCAUCCUCACACUGUGAUGAGGCAAGCACUAGGGGAGAAGACUACAUGCAUACACUGCAGCAGAGCUAAGUGCAGACCUGGAGGUAAACCCCUCCUGCUGCAGAGCAGUGGACAACUCACCACCUGCCUCAUACAGGGCCCUUCAUGUGUGAAGGAACCAACAUCCCUGUGUGAGGUGAUGCUCCCCUUCCUGUAGGUGCUUAUUUCAUCUCUCCAAGGAGCCUGCCAUGGCAAGGGAGGUGGGUCUGUUACUUUUGCUAGUAACCAUUCUCUCACUUUCUGGUAGGGAUGUGUUUUUUUAGUUGAAGGUGGUGAGACCCUGGAUAUGUUUUGAAAUUGGAAGAAUUUUCUUUUCGCAGCCAUUCUUCACUUUCUUUGCGUGUCAAGAUAAAAAAUUAUUUUCUCUCUUCAUGAUAGCAAACAUAAAGAACUCAGGUGAGCUAUACUGCUUGCAGGGCAGAAGGCAAGCACUUUUCAUAUAGCACAUUACAAAAAUUUAUAACCACCAAUCUCAAUGAAUUCAUGAUAUUUUCCUCCCCAUCCUCAUCCUGUGCUCCUUCAGAGUCAUAGAAAAGUGUGUUCACCAUCUCAAACAUACUGGAUUUAUAGACUAGACAUAAAUCAUGCAUUGUCCCUCAUUACUGGCAGGACCAAAAUGGCAUUUAUUGUAUACAGAGACUUAAGUGAUAACUAUAAUGUAACUACAGUUUGGAGAACUGUCUUGUCCGAACUCUACCUCCACGUCUGGGCUGGUUGUUGAAAAUACAAUCAAUUUCCAAGGUGAAGAAUCCAAUAUCCCAUUUGAUAGCUGAAGUAACCAUAAUCUUUUGCUGUUCUUUAGAUGGUUGUUUGCUACCUUUUAUUUUUUUUCUUUCAUUGCAAUGUACCUGUACAUACCAUCUCCUUUUCCCUUGGUGUGUUGUAUGAUGAUGCCUUAGCUGUUUGUUCCCCCAUAUUCUACCACCUCUGGUGCCACAGGCACUACACAGUCAAGCCAUCUGGCAAGCAUAAUGCUUCCCUUGCCACUGUGGAUUGCUGCUGGUCAAGGGAAGGAAUGUAUGGUCAGUGUUCCAACAGACCCAUUAAAUCUGGCAAAGGCCAAAGUUCAUUAAAGCAAAAUAAAUGUCACUUUUUUUUGUGGAAUGAAUUAUCCUACUGGAGUGUGAUCAUUGUGGUUUUAACCUGGGACCUGCAGUAAAAGAUUAUAUAGCAACCUCUGACCUUUUUGAUUUCUGUUUUACUCUUCUGUUGUCAAGGGAAAUGUCACCAAUCAGGUGAAAGUAAAAUGUUUAAUGGUCCAUAUCACAGUAAUAUCUUAUACUGAGUCAAAUUGAUAAACCCUUGCCAAAAAUUCUUAACAUCUGGCACUUCCACGGAAACUACAAACAAUGGACGCACAUAUGGGAGCUUGAAGGUUAGAGGUCAUGACAGCAGUUUAUUACAUGCACCUUACACUGAUCAUUUUCCCUAGGAAAUUAACCCUUUUCUAAUAUAAAUGCAUCAAGUGAGCUCUUCAUGGUGUUCCGAUCAUUGUUUUGGCUAAGCAAGGAAUACAUGUUAAGCUAAACUGGUGACAAGACGCAAUUAAGUAAAAGAUGAUUGAUUAGGUUUCAGUGUUUGCUCAAUAAUGUUUAAAAAAGGUUACUGUGAGAUCAGAAUGAAUACGCUAAGUAACAGCUUCCUCAGAGGUCUUCAUUGUGCAAUUACAAGAUCUGUUCUUAAAAGCAAUGAGAGCUCACAGAGUUUUUCCUGCAUUCAUGAAUGUUUACUGAACAGUGUUGUCACUGAACGAACCAACUGGCUCUCAGCUGGGCAGCAGCAUAUUUCCAUUGCAUGGUUGAAUGUUAAGGGAACAAUUCCUACCAUGUACUGCUCCUUUUAGCCCCGCCUGUUUUUCACGACACUACGGGAUAAAACCUGUAUUCUAAGCAGUUAGGGGGCUGGUGGUAAAUGUGUUUAGUGACAACAUGAAAGACAGUUAUGUUGCUGUAAGUAAAAAUACAGUGGUUGCACUCACUAAGAUUGAAACUGCAUCCUAGGAAUUUUGAUCUUAUUUACUUCUUUAAACACUGUCAUCAAAAACAUCCAGAUCACUUAACCUAGUUGCUGCUAGCCAUGCUGAAGGCAUGACUCACAUUAGUCUCAUGAUGACUGCUGAGUAGAUUCUUCAGGCUCACCCUGCACAAGUCUGAUGAAUGCUACCAGGUUCUUUAAGGAGAUCACUGCUGCUCUAUCAGCAGCAACUUAGCCACCUCACUGUGCCAUCAUUGCAUGGGGAAGGGCCUUCAUGCUGGUAAACCUUCCAGGGAUGAUGUGAACCCACUUACCUCUUCAUACUGUGCUCAGGACUCCCUUCCAGUUUCCUUAGGGAUCAGAAAUACCUCCCAAGCCACCUUCCCAGGUGCCCCAGGGAACCCAGCUCACCAUGAUAGUGCUAGGGAUGCUGCAAGCUGGGGUUUGCAA